AUGGUGGUGAACGUGUGGCCGUUUUUAGAAGCCAAUUGCCGGGCAUGGGAGGUUCUGACACGUGGCGGAUCCGCACUGGACGCGGUGGUGGAAGGAUGUAACGUGUGCGAGGUGCUUCAGUGCGAUGGAUCAGUGGGGUAUGGAGGAAGUCCGGACGAGAAGGGGGAAACAACACUCGAUGCCAUGGUUAUGGAUGGGGACUCCAUGGACGUGGGGGCAGUGGCCGGCCUGCGCCGAGUCAAGGCGGCAGUGCGGGCGGCGUAUCUUGUCCUUUUGCACACGUAUCACUCGCUGCUGGUCGGCGACGCAGCAACGGACUUCGCCCUGGAAAUGGGCCUGGCCGGCCCGGAAGAUCUCUCCACCAAUCGGUCUCUCGCCAUGUGGCGCCAAUGGAAGGCCGCCAGCUGUCAGCCCAACUAUUGGCGCAACGUGACACCUGAUGCCGCCCGUUCCUGCGGCCCCUACCGCCCGGCCACUGCUCCAGGAUCACAUGCUUCCGAACCAAGCGGCGGUGCCACGGCCGAGCCUCAGGGGGCCGAAGCAGGUGCCGGACCUGGUGGUGCCGGACCUGCAGCCGGACCUGAUGAUGUGCGCGUGGGGUGUGAUCCACGUCUUGUUGGCCGGCAGCAAGGCUUGUUGAGGAGGCGAAACCGCCUGGCAUCACACGACACCAUCUCCAUGGUUGCCAUAGCACAGAACGGCAGCAUGGCUGCAGCGACAUCCACCAACGGACUCACCUUCCACAUCCCUGGGAGGGUGGGUGAUGCACCCAUAGCAGGAGCAGGAGCGUAUGUGGACUCAAGAGUGGGGGGGUGCGGAGCAACAGGAGAUGGUGACGUCAUGAUGAGGUUCCUGCCAUGCUUCCUAGCAGUGGAGCUCAUGCUAAUGAGGUCUACCGCAUCCUCCUAUCUUCCUCCCUCUCUUCCUUCUCUCCCAUAUUCCUCUUCCCUUCACUAUUCCAGCUUCCUAGCAGUAGAGCUCAUGCGAAUGGGCUCUACCCCAGCCUCGGCUGCCGAAGCUGCCAUCAGUCGCAUCCGAGCCAAGUUCCCAGACUUCGUGGGAGGCUUGGUGGCGGUCAACAGGUUCGGGGAGCACGGAGCAGCAGUGAACAACUGGGUGCUACAGUACACUGUAGCUUCGCCUCUAACUGACGGUACACCAAGAGUGUUUACGGUUCAUCCCAAGUGUUGA